AUGAUAUCUCUUGGGAGGUUGGACCGUUAUAUGAUGAGUAGGGAAUUGGUGGAGGAUGCGGCGAAGAGAGACGAGGGUUGUGAUAGUAGAACUGCUGUGGAGGUUAAAAAUGGCCCAUUUAGCUGCGAUGAUGAAAGCAAAGAAGAGGAUUUGAAACACAUAAAUUUGAAUGUCAAUAAAGGGGAGCUAACGGCUAUUGUAGGGACAGUGGGAUCUGGAAAGUCUUCCCUUCUAGCCUUAAUUCUUGGUGAGAUGCACAAGUACGAGUUUGUGGAACAACUGCCUAUGUUGCUCAAACAUCAUGGAUUCAAAAUGGGACUACUGAAGAAAAUACAUUAUUUGGUUUGCCAAUGGACAGAGAUAGAUACCAGGAAGUGGUCAGGGUUUCUGCUUGGAGAAGGACUUGGAAAUGAUGGAGUUUGGAGAUCAAACUGA